AUGGACGGACCGCUCCCAGAGUGCAUUAGCACCGAGGAGAAACAAGAAAAGCUUGCCGGAGACUUGGUAGCCAGCCACUUUCACCAGAGACCGACUUCUAUCAAACUUGCCUCUGUACAAGGAACCUCGAGUAUCACUUUCGAGGUUAUACUGGAAGAUGGCACCAGUCAAAUCAUCCAACUCAGGACAGAGCCCCUAGACAUCACCCCUAUCAUUACGGCUCGACAGCUCCUCGGCUCCUCGGCUCCAAACAUUGAGCCCAUCUCCGAUCCAAAGUUGGCUUCUGAGAGUGUCUUCGCAUUCUGCAUGGAUAGAAUGCCAGGGAAUUCGUGGCUGGAGAUCGAGGGUAGCUGGAAACCCGAUGCCCUCCUCGAAUGUUCAACGUCUCUAGGCCGACUGCUAUCUCAUUGUUUCGUAUCGAGGGACGAAGGAGCAAUCGCAACGUAUAUUCAACCGACCCUCAGAAAAAUUCUCAUGAUGCCCAAUCGCUCUGAAGUCGACGUAUCAUCCUACUUCCCGCUUGUGGAAGAGCUUAUCACUGCUUCCCCUCAACUCAACGAGCUUCCAGGGUUUUUCUCACACCUAGACCUUAACCCAAUGAAUGUGUUUGUUGAGGAUACGGGAAUCGUCCGCGGUAUCAUCGAUUGGGAGGAGUCUCGCACACUCCCCUUUGGCAUUUGUGGCUGGGGGAUACAUUUUCUGGCGGGAGAAUUCUUGACCGUGGACACGGGGGAGAUCGAAUUUACGGAACGACCAAUUUAUGAAGAAAUGGAAACGCGGUUUUGGAAGGCCUUGCUGGAAAAUGCUUCCAGUGAGGCGAAGAUGGAGCUUGAGGGUAAAAUGUCGCUUGUGCAGCUUGCCGUGAUCACUGGAACAAUCUUGCGGGUGUUGGGAAUCUAUACUGUAAAUGGUAUUGAGACCCAAUACAAUCAUUUCAUCUCAACAAUUCGCGCGAAUAAAAUUGUUCCUGUAUUUGUAUUCGCAUUUCUUUAUUCCUUUCGGAAUUCUACACGGUAG